CCGACAUUAAUUAUAAAUUAAAUGUUUCAAUCUGUUUCGUCCAAAUUGCUCACCUCAAACAUUUCUUAUAUAAAGGAGGAAACUUUUAUUUGGCACUUAUACAGUGGUGUAAUACAUAACUCCUUGUUAAAAUCGUCAAAGCUAUUGAGAAUUUGUUGAAGAAAGAUGAAGAUGAUGCUUGGAAUGGUGAUAUUGUUCGUGAUUGUUUGUUCGACGAAUCCAGUAAUUUAUGCAGAUUAUUUGCAGUGCUUCGAAGAUUGUUUAGGGCACUGCGAAUUGCCGGCUCAAGUCUUGUGUAAUAUCCAAUGUGAGAAAAAGUGUCAUGGUCAUGGUAGUAAUAAGCAAGAGAAGCAGAAAUUUCAAGCUACAAAUAGCAAUUCUCAUAUCUGAUAGUCACCCUUUCUACCCAUCUUCCAUCGUUUAGAAAUAAUCUUUGCAUGUUGAUGUUUCGAAUAAAAUGGUUGGUGGGUGCAUCUAACUAUUGUUAAAUAGGUUUUAUCUUCCUCCGUAUGUACAAUUUUGUUCAAAUUUUAUUUUUUACAUUUAUGGCCUCCCAUUCCACCUUUCUUUGUUGAUCCAUGGCGACUCACACCUCUACUGCCACCGCUACUGCGUGGGCGCCCCCGAUGGUGAAUCUCGAUCCAAAUCAUCCUUCUUUCUCAGAACAAUAUCGUCUUCAUCGACGACUCUGUUCGACCGUCGCUUCCAGCCGAUGAUCUUUACAC